AUGGCGGAAAAGAUGCUUGAUAAAGAACGACUGCAUGAUGAUGACUUUAAAAGAGGCUUCGUCUUGUUCACGAUUGGUUGCAUCCUAGCAUCACCUACAGGGAACGACAUCCAUUGGAGCUAUAUAGAAGUUGUUCGAGAUGUCUCAAAGAUUCCGCAAUUCAAUUGGGGUCAAUUUACUCUAAACCACUUGUUGAACUCAUGCCUUAGUUACAAGAAUAAGAAAGAAAGAACCAUAAAGGGAAAUUUGGUUCUGCUACAGUGUUGGUACUGGGAGCGCGUCAGAGUGCCCAGCCAUUAUCAGAUCGACUACACCAAAAGGACAUACCAACCACCUCUGAUGGUGUUUUGGGAUAAACAGAAUGCCGAACGUCGAACGACUGCUUAUAAUAAUGAUGGGAUAUAUGGAGGAACUGUAUUCGUGCCAAUGCAUAUUAACAGCAACCAUUGGGGUCUCUUGGUGCUAAACUUUAUAAAGAAAGAGGUACAGAUCCUUGAAUCUCUAGGAACACGAGACGAAGACCUAGAGAAGGUAUUGGUGAAAGCCAUACAGUCUUGCAUCGACUUUUCUGUCAACAAUGACUUGGUUAAAUUUGAAAAACCAUUUAACUUGCGCGACUGGGAAAUAGUUCCCUAUGUGGAAGGCAUACCGAGACAAGAAAACAGUUUUUCAUGUGCUGCGUUUGUAAUACAAUAUAUUCUGGCAUGGGAUGGAGAAAAAAUGGCUCAUGAUUUCACAAGUGAGGCAAUGGAGAGUUUUUGCUACAAGAUAUGCACGAGGCUGCUACAUUCUGAUCGCAAUAAAAAUCGCUUGGAAUCAUACAAAAAACCUAUCACGGUAUAUGCUUUUAUUGCAUUUUGA